AUGGCAUCUGAAGACUUGAGGAGGUUGCGAGCUGCACGAGGUUACACCAAGGCCUCAAUCACUCGUCUCUUCAACUUUAGCAAUAAUGAGAAUGAUGUUGGCCUUAGUGCAAUUUCUAACUUGGAAACGAAGCGCGCCAGGAUAGGUGAGUUAUUCAAAGAUUACGAGCAAUGUAAUAAGGAGAUUUUAGCCUUAGACGAAGCGGACGCGGAGGAUGUGGAGGACUAUGAGGCAAAGUACUACAACAUUCUCACUAUCCUCAAUGAGGCUAUAAAAAACAAGUCGUCCUCGUCUGACGCUCCCGCGUCUUCCUACAAAAAGGCUAAACUGCCUACUAUAAAAAUUGAAACUUUCACUGGUAAGUAUAGUGAAUAUACAGGUUUUAUUAACUUGUUUAAGGCAAUAAUACACAACGAUAGAUCAAUUGAUAAUGUCCAAAAAUUGUACUAUUUGCGCUCAUUUCUCGCAAAUGAACCCUUUGACUUGAUUAAGAACCUGCCUCUAGCUGAAGGCAGCUACGAGGAGGCUCUUAAGCUUUUAGAGGAGAGGUAUAACCAUAAGUUCAAAAUUGUAAAUGAACACAUUAAUGCCUUGCUUGAUAUAAAUGCCUUGGUCAAAUCUAACCCUGCAAAUUUAAGACAGUUUGUGUCAUGCAUCAAACAAUCUUUAUCUGCAUUAAAGAAUUUAAAUGUAAGUACAGAUAAUUGGAAUCCUAUUAUAUUGGCUAUUUUGUACCGUAAAUUAGACACCUACACGUCACGGGCAUACCAGUUGGAGCGUGAUGACACUGAGGAGCCCACAGUCACCGAGUUCCUGCUGUACUUGGAGAAACGCGCCUUGGCACUGGAGAAUGCUGAGCCGUCGCCCACACCGGGGAAGUCUUACCACAAGGCAGUGGUGAAUGUGACAGCGACCGCCUCGCCUGCCUGCAGUUAUUGUAAGUCUAAUCACCGACUAUUUGACUGUAGCAAAUUUAAAAUGCUUACUAGUAGUGAAAGGAUAGCUUUCAGCAAAAAUAAUGACCUAUGCUCUGUCUGUCUAAACAAACACAAUGGAAAGUGCCGCUUUCAUUUCCGGUGCAGUACUUGCAAACAGGCUCAUAAUACCUUACUGCAUCCGGACUCGGCUAACCAACCCCAAGUUUCUUUAAUAUCAAAUUUGGGGCAUAAUGGGGUACUAUUGCCCACAGUCAGAGUGAAGUUAUAUUCACGGACAGGUAGUGAGGUUCAUGUGAAAGCUCUUUUAGAUUGUUGUUCACAAAGCUCUUUAGCCACCACUAAAUUAAUAAAUGUUUUAGGAUUGACCCCAAGCAAGGACAACAGCAACAUAAUUGGUGCUGGAGGAAAAAGUACUGAUACACAGUAUUCUAUACCUUUAGAUGUGUAUUCUUUGACCAUGCCUUACCGAGUCACUGCGAAUUGCAAUGUAAUGGAAAAAAUUACAUGCCAGCUGCCACAAAAUGCGAUCAAAUUGGACGCUAUUAAUAUACCUGAUGGGAUCACUCUGUCUGAUGCUGAUUUCCAUCAGCCGUCUGAGAUCAAUUUACUUCUAGGUGCUGACAUAUUUUUCCAGGUCCUCCUUCUGGAGCCAGUUCCGGGUCAGCAGGAGUGGUCUGCGCAGCCUGUUGAAGACCCAGCCAGUCCACACCCGACGGUUGUAAAUACAAAGUUUGGCUACAUCAUAGGUGGGGGUUUACCACGACAACAAACCAGUGACAAAAGUAAGGUAACGCUUUUAUGUACACAAUGUGACUCAAGUCUUAAUGACAGUCUACAAAGUUUUUGGAAUGUAGAGAGCAUACCUGAAACCUUUUGUGAACGCAUGUCAGAGCAUCAAAUGUGUGAAGAUACUUUUAAGAGCACAACGGUGUUAGAAAAUAACAAGUUUCAGGUUGACUUGCCUUUGAAAGUUCAUUUGAAUGAGGUCAAUGAUGUGCUUGGUAGCUCUUUUGAUAUGGCUUAUUAUAGGUUUCUUAACCUCGAAAAAAGAUUGCACAAAAAUAUAAAUUUGCUAUCAGAUUAUGAAAAGUUCAUCAAUGAAUAUGUGGACUUGAAGCAUGGGCACUAUAUUGACUUCAAUCAAUUGGAUUUUGAGAAUGAUCCUCUAUACUUUGCAUCCCAUCAUGCUGUAAUUAAUGACUCUAGCAAAACUACACGUACCCGGGUAGUCUUUGACUGUUCCUUGCAAACUAACAAAAAGGUAUCGCUUAAUGACAUUUUGCUUAACGGACCUCCGGUACAGAAAGAGUUGUUUGACAUAAUGCUUUUGUUCCGAUUAGGCAACUAUACCUUCUCCACAGACAUACGACGCAUGUUUCGAUGUGUUGAUGUUAAUCCGAUGCAUGCCAAAUUGCAAAAUAUUUUGUGGAGAAGCAAUCCUAAUGAGCCUCUAAAAUGCAUACAGCUAGAUACUGUUACAUAUGGGCAAAAGAGUAGUACAUAUUUAAGCACUCGAUGCUUACUAGAGUUAGCAGAUAGGUUUGAAAGUGAUUUCCCACUUGCAGCUUAUAUAUUAAGAAAUUGCACCUAUGUAGAUGAUAUGUGUUUUUCAAACUCCGAUUUAAAGGUUAUGAUGGAAGCCAAAUCGCAAUUAAGGGAGUUGUUAAGUAAGGGUAGUUUCAAUACACACAAGUGGGCAUCUAAUGAUCAGAGAGUCUUAGAGGGCAUUCCCAACGAUAAACGGCAGUUUGAUGACUUAGACUUCCAGAAAGAUCAUUUAUAUUUAAAGACAAUGAAAGCUCAGUGUGCAAAACAGCUGAUGGGUUCUUUGCCACCUGAAAGGGUCACGGCCUGCCGAGUAUUCCAAAAGGUCGGCAUCGACUUUGCAGGUCCGAUAGCAGUAAAGAAUUCUCGCGUAAUUUCUAAUUUAUUGAAAUGGCGGUGA